GUGAGGGGAACCCUGACCUCCCUUCCCAGUAUAGACGAUCGGUGGGGGUCGCCGCCAGACAAGUUCAGCCCACCAGUGGGCGCCGCGGGUCGAGAUGCUACUCCGGGACCUGGUGCUGCGCCGUGGCUGCUGCUGGCCCUCACUACUACUGCAUUGUGCGCUUCACCCACUCUGGGGCUUCGUUCAGGUGACGUAUGCCGAACCCCAGAAGUCUUGUUCUAAGGUGACUGACAGCUGCCAACACAUCUGCCAGUGCCGGCCCCCACCCCCUCUACCCCCUCCGCCUCCACCUCCACCGCCUCCCAGACUACUCUCCGCCCCAGCUCCCAACUCUACCUCGUGCCCCGCGGAGGACAGCUGGUGGUCGGGGCUGGUGAUCAUCGUCGCUGUCGUCUGUGCCUCCCUGGUGUUUCUGACUGUGCUGGUCAUCAUUUGCUACAAAGCCAUAAAGAGGAAACCACUGAGAAAAGAUGAAAAUGGCACCAGUGUUGCUGAAUAUCCCAUGAGCUCAUCCCAGAGUAGCAAAGGGGUGGAUGUGAACACUGCGGUAGUAUGAAUCUGCAGGCCCUGGACCCACUGGCUGGAAGGGCACCUUGGUGGCACUGUUGGACAUGGGAUGACAGGUGGACAUGAGCUGACCCUGGGCCUGUCCAGGACUUCAUGCUUUACGGGCCUCGGGCCUCCUGAAAGAGAAAGCAUCCUCUUCCCAGGCUAGCCCUGGUCAACCCCUGGGGGUGCAGCACAGACACCAGGCUUGAGCCAGGCUCCCCUGCAUGUGGCCCCUAAGCAGAAGCACCACCCAGGGCUCUCCAUACCCUUCUUCUUGUCUUGUGUUGGGCGCAUUGACUGUCACCCAGUUGCUAAAAAAACACGUACUCCAGUGAAAGCAGAGGGUCUAUCUGUCUGUCUGCCUGGGACAGAAAGACACCCCACUUUAACCAGAAGAAAGGAGAUCCAGGGACUACUCCAAUCUGGAAGCUUCCUCUCAUGCAGGAAGCUCACCUGCUUCUCUGUGGACAUUCUAACAAAAGCCAUCACACAGCCAUGAGACAAAUGUCCCCUUCCAAAGGUGCUUCCCAUACAUCUGUCCAUAACUGUACCUGCUGUGGUCUUCCGUCUCCAGAGCCUGUGUCACCCUCCUUUGCCACCCACAGCCUAGCCUGUGGCUCCUGACUGCAUGCCUGCCUCAGGAAGCAGUGAGCCCAGCCUAUAUAGUCCCCUGGGAGUGGACUCAGUGUCUCCCUUUAAGCCCAGGCUGAGGGUGUCCCAAGAAAAUCAGAGGUUCCCUUUGCACCUGCUCUGACAUCCCACAUCUGGCUCUUCAGGAAGCAUCAAUGUGAGCCAGGCCCUGCCUCACCAGGCAGAGGUUGCAACUUGUGCCAAACCCAUGUGGGCACUCUGUGCCAGGCCGAUGCUGGUCUGGUGCUAUGUGCCCCCCACUUACCCCCAACAGUCCCUUGAAACCUCAAUUUGGUACUCAGAAAGUUCCCAGGAGAAGGUGGCUUUCUUCUGUGUCUCCCAGAAGUGGCUUUCUGUGGCCAGGGCUCUAAAGGCGCCAAACCCUCCCAAAUGUGGGAGGAAGGGAAAGUGGUGAACAACCAUCUAGCCUUGCUAACCCUCUGCCCACAGGCUUGUUUCCCUGGAGGCCACCCACACAGUGAGGCACAUCCCUUGACCUUUGUGAUUUUAUGUUCCUUGGCCCCCCGCCCGGCUCCCCUCACCAGCCCCAUGUACUUGCCUAGAAGGAAACUGGCCUACUGGAAGGCAACACCCCCACAGUGUAGAGAUUUAGCUGAGUUCAUUAGCUUCCUCUUCAGCCACCAGAGAUCUUGUCUGGUGGGUGUUUGUGCUACAUGAGAAUUUCAAAGCCAGGUAAAACUGAGGGACAAAAAAAAAAUCAGUUCCAAGUGGAUGGGUACCCUGAAGCUGCUACUGCCCUGCUCCUGAGUCAAUAGGUAUAGGCUAAGGGGUGCAGGCUAAGGGGAGGUCCAGGGCAUGCCUCCAUUAAUUGACAUUUGCCCUCCUUUCCUUGAGGACAUGGUUUUGGGUUGGGUUUGAAUUUCACCUUCACAGCAUACCUUAGCUCUGGCAUGGGGUUGCCAAGAGCCUUCUGUGGGGCUUCCCUCACCGCACCCAGGGGGACACCUGGCAGUCCUCUUUG